AUGUCAUCAUCAAAGCCAUCUACACCACGAACAGACAGACGCCAAGUACAUGGUAACAGACGUCAUCUGCAUAGAUCUUCAGGAAUACAUUUACCUAGUUUAUCACCAAAAGUACAUCAUUAUCCAAUUGAUGCAGACAACCUACCGAUGGAUUCUACAGAAAUUGUUGAAAAAUUCAAUGAUAUAGCACAGUCGAUGGAAAUUUUGGACAAUAAUAUGAAUGAUUUGUGUCAUAUUCAUGAUAAUUUGUCGAAUCAAUUCAAUGAAUCAUUUGCUAGUUUUUUGUAUGGGUUAUCGAUGACUAUGUGGUGUGUUGAUUUCCCUGGAUGUCCAAAUAGAGUAGAAUGGGAAAAUCUAAUGGCUAAGAGAGAACAAAAAGAACGUAUAAAGAAUCUAAAGAAACGAGUGGAAGAUGCCAAGAUAUUGAAUAAUAGAUUGAAAGAGAGCCUAGCUGAAAAGACUAAACAGAAACCAACUCCUUCCGUGACAACAAUUAAUAAGCCACGACCAAUGAAUACUAGAGUAGUGAAACCAACAAGAACGGUUAACUUUAAACCAAGUCUGAAUGAAAGUACAAUAUCUAGUAUAACCAACGAUAGACGCCCUGUGGCUACCAGGAUACGACAAAGUCAACAAGCAUCCAGGAUACCUCAACCAGGUAGAAUAAACAGACAACAUCAAUAUCAGACAGCAGCUUCUGGAGUUGGCGGUCCAAAUCUUAAUCAACCUCCUAGGUAUAUGCGUGGUUUGUUUGAUGGGAGUAAUACAUCAAACACAUCGAAUUAUGGACGUGUAGUCAAACCAUCACUGCAGACAAAAAACAAAUCAACCAAUAGUUUAGCAAAUCGUCCACCAUUCAGAUAG